UCUCGUUGUGACACAAUGGCGAUUUUCCUGUUGGCGGUUCUCCUGGGUGCGGCAGCAGCUACACCGCUGAACGGCUACGAUGACGACGAUAAGAUCAUCGCAGGGUACGAGUGUCCGGCUCACUCCCAGCCUUGGCAAGUCUUCUUAACCUACGGUGCUGGUUACCGGUGGUGUGGCGGCUCCCUCAUCAAUGACCGCUGGGUCAUCUCAGCUGCGCACUGCUACAAAACCCCCCGAACCCUCAUGGCCCACCUUGGGGAGCAUGACACCAGCCAGGAGGAAGGUACUGAACAGCACAUCCAGGUGGAGAAAGCUAUCCGCUACCCUGGGUACGAUGCGCGCACCACGGACAACGAUUUCAUGUUGAUCAAACUCUCGCAGCCCGUCACUUUCAACGCCUUUGUCCAGCCCAUUGACAUUUCCCCAAGCUGCCCCAGCGCAGGAGAGGACUGCCUCGUCUCAGGCUGGGGGAACACUCGGACUUCCGGAGUCAAAUACCCAGACAAACUGCAAUGCCUGAAGUUGCCGAUUCUGUCCUCCUCUGCCUGCCGUACUUCCUAUCCUGGCCGCAUCACUAACAACAUGUUUUGUGCUGGCUACAUAGAGGGCGGCAAAGACUCUUGCCAGGGGGACUCUGGUGGACCUCUGGUGUGUAAUGGAAAACUGACCGGCGUUGUGUCCUGGGGUGCCGGAUGUGCCCAGAAAAACAAACCUGGCGUGUACACUACAGUGUGCAACUACCACUCCUGGAUCCAAGAGGUGCUUGCCAACGAAUGAGAUACUUGAGGGUUUUCUUCAAGGAAAAGGGGGUUCCUCAUCUAUGAAAAAGGCCACAUCUGAUUAUCUUCCCCGCAGCAAAACAAACCACCUGCGUAAAAGUGUGAAAGCUGGUGCC